AAACACUAAAACAGCAAAAUGAACUCCUUCGUUGCUUAUUGCUUCUGCUUUGUUUCUCUAUUGCCGGUGCUUUCAAUUCCGUUGGUAUUAGCUGCAGCUGAAGCUCGAAACGAUGGCGUUUACAUCGUGUACACCGGAUCACCUGCAUCCAACUCUUUCCACAGUGACCAUAUCAUGAGCAGCAUUUCCAUGGAAAGUUGGAAAGAUAGGGUCACACACACGUAUCGAAAUGCAUUUUCGGGCUUUGCAGCAAGGCUAUCGAAAGAAGAGGCCCAAUUGAUAGCCCAAAGGCCAGAAGUUGUAUCAGUGUUUCCAGAUCGAGUCUACCAACUCCACACAACACGUUCAUGGGAUUUCUUGAAAAGUCAAAGCCUUGUUGAAUCCGAUUCCAAACCAGGCCGAAUUCAAAAACAAAAUAUUUCCUCUGUUGCUGGUGAAGAUGUCAUCAUUGGCAUAUUUGAUACCGGUAUUUGGCCAGAAGCAAAGAGUUUUAAUGACGAAGGUUUGGGUCCUGUCCCCAAGCGGUGGAAGGGAGAGUGCAAACAAGGACAUGAUUUUAAACCUUUUAAGUGCAACAGGAAAUUGAUUGGAGCAAGGAACUAUGUUACAGACGAAGCCCCUAAUUCACCAAGGGACCAUGAUGGUCAUGGUACUCACGUUGCCGCCAUUGCCGCCGGAAAACCUGUCGCCGGAGCAUCAUAUCACGGUCUGGCUCGUGGCACCGCGCAGGGAGGAGCUCCGGGAGCUAGGAUCGCGGUGUACCGGGUUUGUACUCAUGAUGGAUGUUUGGGUUCUCAAUUUUUGAAAGCAUUUGACGAUGCAAUCGCCGAUGGGGUUGAUAUUAUAUCUCUAUCCUCUGGUACCUACGACGAGAUUGGUAAUCUCAUAACAGAUCCGAUGAGCAUCGGAGCAUUUCAUGCUGCUGAAAAUGGAAUCCUCGUCGUCGCGGCCUCGGGCGAUUUAGACGUCCACAUGGCUGGGGAUCCGCCGUACCUCAAUAAUGUUGCUCCUUGGAUUCUAACCGUAGGCGCUUCCACUAUUGAUAGGUUUUUUGCAACUGAUAUUAUCUUGGGAAACGACAAAGUGAUCAAGGGUGGAGGUGCUCAUACAUCCAAUUUUGAGAAAUCUCCUAUCUACCCAUUGAUUGAUGGUCGUUCAGCUAUGAAACCAGGAGCUGAUGAAGAUGAAGCGAGUAAUUGUUAUAUGGACGCAUUGGACGAGAACAAAAUCAAGGGGAAGUUUGUUCUUUGUGAAGAUACCCUUCAGGAUACUACAUCAGAUGGCCAAUAUAGCGACGUACAAAGCCUGGGCGGCAUUGGAGUCGUGUAUGAGGAUAUCUAUGGGCAACUAGUGGACUCAGUUUCUGAUUCUAUUCCUCGGAUCGCAAUCUCUGAGCAGGAUGUAGACCAAAUCCGAGCUUAUAUGAACUCCACCAGGAAUCCUACGUUGACUAUUUCACCAACUAUGGUCGUGUCAAACUACAAGCCAGCUCCAUCUAUAGCAUUCCUCUCAGACAGAGGUCCUGUUUAUAGUGAUAAUUACCUCAUCAAGCCUGAUGUUGUAGCACCAGGAGUUGACAUUCUCUCAGCAUGGCCUUCCAAUGACACAAACGAAGCCUUCAACAUACUCUCGGGUACUUCAAUGGCUUGCCCUCAUGUUACAGGAAUCGCGGCGUUGAUCAAAUCCCAACAUCCUUCUUGGGGUCCUACGGCAAUCAAAUCAGCUAUCAUGACCACAACGAAUCCAUAUAACAAUUUGAAGAAACCGAUUACAGUACAUUAUCAUGCUGAAGAAGCCACUCCAUACGAUAUGGGUGCGGGAGAAGUAACGUUGUUAGGUCCAUCCCAACCAGGGUUACUCUAUGAAACAAAAGUAGUCGAGUAUUUGCGCUUCUUGUGUUAUCAGGGUUACAACGCAUCUCGAAUAAAACGCAUCUCAACAAAGCUUCCGACAAAUUUUUCUUGCCCUGACGACUCUAAGGAAGAAAUGAUAUCCAACAUGAACUACCCAUCCAUAGUCGUCGUUCAAUCACAAGACCACCCGAAGCCAUACUUGACAGUUAAAAGAACCGUCACGAACGUUGGGGAUGAAGAAUCAACUUAUCGAGUAAGUGUUGAAACAUCUCAGGCCCUGGAUAUCAAAGUGAGUCCAAAUGAGUUGAAGUUCACAAAAAACCUGACAAAGUUGAGCUAUAAUGUGAUUUUCACAAAUAUAUCACUCGGUGCUUUUACUUUUGCACAUGGUUCAAUCACAUGGAGCAAUGGAAAACUCCAUAAUUCCAUCCCUUUUAUUGUUACGGAGAACUAGUGUGACAACCUACGGAAGCGAAGGCAAGCCAGCACCUAAGUAUUACUUUCAAUCUUCAUUAUCCUAGUUUUUCUUUUUGAAGAAGAAGUUCAUUAUCCUAGUUGAUUUAAAGGAAAUAAGUUCUCUUAGUCUUAUUUAACAAAAAUAAGCUUUUGUGUGACUUCGAACUUGUAUGAAAAUGUUACUUUAUUCCAUUUUAAGUUCUCGGGAUCCUAAAUGAAUUCUGCCCUU